ACAAUAAAAACGAGCUUGUACAACGAGAAGAUAGAAACGUUGAUAGGUUAUUUCGAGAUAAGUUUCACAGUUUGAUAUUAGGGAAGGUUUCAAUUACGAUUCGAGUAAAUCCGAAAUAAUCGAGAUCAAAAUUAUUAUUUCCCGCUGUAACACAUAUCUUUAAAUUCGAUCAGUAAUUGGUCGAUGAAACUAAGAAACUUGUGAUUUCAUUCUAACUGGUAGUUUUAUCGGAAGUUAAAAAAUCCUUUUAAAACUUUAACGAUAAUAGUUCGAUAAUACCUGGAAAUAACGUGAUUGAUAUCGUUAUCUUAUCGCGCUUAAUACUAUAUAUCAAUAAGAAGAAAAUUUUUUGCGAGUUUUUAACCUAUCGUAUUCAUAUUUUACAUGUUCGCAAAUUUACUUUUGAAUUCAUUGGUUUCCGGGAUUUUAUAACUUCCGUUGACAGCCAUUUUAUAAGACGCUUCUCGUGCUCGCGUAUGUUUGCUUCUAUUUUCAGUUUGACUCUUUUGUAACCUCGGAACUUAAGGUAGAUUAUCUAGGACUUCCUUUGUUAAUCGUUAUUUCACGUAAAUAACAAGGAUGAUCAAAGUUGAGGAAUGUUGAUUCAAAGUACUACUUGUAAUUAAGCUUUCUUUGUUUUAUACGGUGGUGUAUGAUUAUAUUCGUUAAGCGAUAUUUUUCAUAUCAUGUUCAAUAUUCUGUUAAACAACAGAGCACAAAUUCCAAAUGAUGAUGAAAGAGACAGAAGCAGAGAACGUGAUCGGAAUCGUCGAUCGGAUAGACAAAAUCGUAUCAAUUCGACUAGCCGCGAUCGGAGUAGAGAGAGAAACGAUCGUGGCGGCAGAAAAGCUUCAGAUAGAAGAAUUUAUGUAUCAAAUAUACCAUAUGACUUUCGAUGGCAAGACUUGAAAGAUUUAUUUAGAACGGAAGUAGGCAAGGUUGCACACGUUGAACUAUUUACGGAUGAAAAUGAUAAGCCUCGUGGUUGCGGUAUUGUAGAAUUUGAAGAUGCAGAAUCAGUAAAGAUUGCUGUUGAAAAAAUGCACCGUUAUGAUACGAAAGGAAGAAAAUUAGUCGUGAAAGAGGACUUUGAUGUUGAGCGUGAUAAAUAUGGUCGAUUAGCAACAGCUCGUAAUAACGAUAGACCAAGAGACGAUAGGUUUAGAGAUCCCCCUCGUCAGCAAGGAGGUGGUAGACAGAACAUGCCUGCACCUAGCGGUGGUGGCGGUGGUGGAGGUGGAGGUGUUGGCGGCGGCGGCGGUGGUGGAGGUGGAGGAGGCGGUGGUGAUAAUAAGUUUGGUAAUACGUAUGGUCUCAGUACACAAUUCUUAGAAUCUUUAGGCAUCAAUGGACCUUUGGUUACAAGAGUUUUUGUAGCAAAUUUGGAUUAUAAAGUGGACGAAAAGAAAUUGUUAGAAGUAUUUAAAUUAGCUGGAAAAGUUUUACAUGUUGAAUUAGGCAAAGAUAAAGAUGGAAAGUCUCGUGGUUUUGGAGUUGUGGAAUAUGAUCAUCCAGUGGAAUCUGUACAAGCCAUUUCAAUGUUACAUAAUCAACAACUUUAUGACAGACGAAUGACAGUAAGGCUCGAUAGAGCAAACGAACCAGAUAUGCCACCAAAAUUACCAGAAGGCUUGAAGGGCAUUGGAAUGGGAUUAGGAGCAGGAGGAAACAGAUUAAUGGAUGUAGCUCGAAACAUUCCUAGCGUACAAGCCAACAAUCCACCGGUUGUAAAUCCUAUCUCUGCUCCUGUUUUGGCUGCCGGUGCUUUUGGCGCUGGAUUAAAUAAUGUUGUACCUGCACAAUUAGCAUCUGCAUUGACAAAUUCAAAUGCAGCAGCACUUCAAGCGAGUCUUGCUGGUGGUUUAGGCGCGAACCUAACUACAAGCUCUUUACUGAAUUCGUCUUUAACAAACGAACUGGCUUCCAAUUUGAAUAGCUUUGGUGGUGGAGUUGGGGGUUUGUCAGGAUUACAAGCAUCUUUAGCUGGUGGACAAGGAAAUAAUUCUUUUGCACCAAGAGGUUUAUCUAAAUUAGAUAACGACAUAGGAUUUGGUGGUAACAAUGCUUUUGGAAGUUCAUCAUUUGGUGGUGGCAGAGAUUUUGAUGGGGGCUUCAACAGAGGGGAUGGGGAUCGCGUGUCUGGCGGAGGUGGUGCAUUCUCCGGGAAUCAAGGACAAGGUGGAGGUGGUAACAGACAAAAUGCUAAUGGUUCUCGACCGAUGUCAGAUACCAUUCUUAUAGGAAAUUUACCUCCUAAUACUACGUGGCAAAUGUUACGUGAUAAAUUUCAAGAUGUUGGCGAGGUGAAGUUUGCAGAAAUGAGAGGUACAGAUAUGGGAAUGGUACGAUUCGUCUCUGAGUGGGAUGCGGAGCGAGCAGUGUCGAUGAUGAAUCGGUCACGUAUCGAUGGCAGGACAAUCGACGUACGCUUGUAUUAACGAAAGAACUACUACAUCGAUCAAAGCUAGAGGAGACUGGGGUUUGCUAUGUCGUCUGCAGCAUUGUUCCGCUCCCGAUGACAAUACUUGAAAUUCAUCGUAGUUGUGUGGCAGAACGUAGGACAGUGAGUGAGAAGUAAUCUGUCGUUGGAAGAACAACAGUCGUGUUGUAUACCUGUUCAACGUUGAAACGCUCGUAUUGACGGCUAAUGGUCAGCCUUCUUUGACGUAACCGUCUUGUUCUAAAUUCUACACCGUCAGUUAUCGUUCCUUUUUACAGUCGAAAACGUUCACUUCUAAAUCAGCUUUCUUCGAGUGAUCGAUACAUAGUUUAGUUUGUUAGGUUUAGGUUCGUAAUGUUCUUACAUAGUCCAUAGGUUUUUUUCAGUAUAUAGGCUAUACUAUUUACAGUAAUCAGUAAAAAGUAGCUUGUAAGUUUAUUUCAUAGUUGUCACACGAUGAGAGUAAGAGAGAGAGAGAGAGAGAGAGAGAGAGAGAGAGAGAGAGAGAGAGAGAGAGAGAGAGAGAGAGAGAGAGAGAGAAAGAGAGACGACUCAAUCGGUUUUCUGACAUUCCGGUCUAAAGUGACGCUCUGGUCGUUCGCAAACAGGUCAACCAAACAGGGACAAGAUAAUUUUUUUGUCGAAUAUUAAUACUUAAAUCUGCACGGCUGUCACGAAUGUUAAGAGUUAAAUUUUCGAUCAGAUGAUAAUCCAUCUAUAUUAGAUACUCGUCCAACGACUCAAUUCUUAUACGGAUAGUAAAUAUCUGUCGUUUUAUUCUAAUGUCAGUUUCUCUCAUAUACAUCGGUUCUUAUGCCUAAUAUGUAACUAGAUGUAUCGUGGCUCGACAGGGAACAAUUCUCCGCUCCGUUCACCUUUGAAAUUUAUUUUUUUUUGUUAUCCAGUGUUAUCCACGCUGCAUACUACAUCGUUGUAAUUAUUUUGGAGAUUUAAAGAGCAUAAACCUUUUUAUUUCGCUUUAGGAAGGUCCCUUUCGGUUCAAUCGCUCUGAGACUUCAGCGAACGAACAUUGGAUGACUUUAUGCCCUAAAUUUGCUAGAAUUGUCUUACGUAUUGUGCACAAUUAUAUGUUUACCAAAAAAUAUAAAACACGUUUAUAUAAUAUAUAUAUAUAUAUGCAUAUGUAUAUAUAUAAUAUAUUACACACAUAUAUAUAUAUAUAUAAUAUAUAUAUUAUAUAUAUGUGUGUAUAACGUGAAACGAUUUCUGAUGUUUCGUGCUUUUUAUAUCAAUAAAGAAGAUAUAUAUAUAUAUAUACAUAUAUAUACAUACAUAUAAAUACGUAUAUAUAUAUAUAUGUAUGUAUGUAUGUAUGUAUAUUAUUAGAACACUAUUUUACGAUAAUAAUAAUAAUAAUAAUAAUAAUACUUCUCGCGCGAAUCUAUUCUUUGGUAAACAUAUUUCUUCUCGCCAUGUAGAUUUCGAGGAACAUUCUCUGCGCAUUGUGUAACACUCUUGUAUAACCACAACCUCAUUAAUAGUGAUUGAAUAAAGUCCACAUCCAUUUUGACAACAAAAAAGAAAAAAAAAAGAAAAAAAAUAUGAGAAAAAAGAAAAGUAAAUAAUAAUAUGCUGUGGUC